UCUGCAGCGUUUUAUCAGAAGUGUAUGUGCAUGUCCCUGCUGCACCCUCACCUGUCACUUUGUGCUGUGCAUGCAGAUGCUGAGGCGGGCUGUGAUCUGUUGCUCUCUGCUGGUCCUGGUUGGUGCCCACGACUGUCCAGAUGGAGGAAGGUGCAAAAACGGACAAACGUGCUGCAGCGACCCAGCAAACGGAUACCAGUGCUGCCCGUUUCAUCAGGCCGAGUGCUGUGAGGAUCACGUCCACUGUUGCCCUGAGGGUACAAACUGUGACACACUCACUUCCAGCUGCAUGAACGCAACUGUGUCCAUGGCCUGGGCGCAGCGAUCCCCCGCUCAGCAGCAGCAGGGACUCUCAAAACCCUUCCGGAUGAUCAACAGUCGCGACGGGUCGGCAGACGACCACAUGUGUCCUGAUGGGUCACGAUGUCCACCUGAGUUUUCUUGUCUCAAGGCACUGUCAAAGUUUAUCUGCUGUCCAUUUGCUCAGGGAGUUGCCUGUUCUGACGGGAAACACUGCUGUCUCAAAGGCCACCGUUGCAGCGAGAACAGCCGCUCAUGCAUCAAAAAAGAGUCUGCGAGUACAGUGCUCUGCAAAGAUGGCGUGUCAGAGUGUCCCAUAGAUACCACGUGCUGUCAAAACCCAGAGGGCAGCUGGGGAUGUUGUCCCAUGCCCAGGGCCGUGUGCUGCGCAGAUAAAAUGCACUGCUGCCGUGAAGGUACCAUAUGUGAUCUGGAACACUUAAAAUGCAUUUCUUCAUCUACCAAAGAAGAGACACCAAUGUGGGCCAAGCUGGCUGCCAGGAGGAGAGCAGAGUGGGAGAACCAGAAAAAUCUUUUACGGGCAGCAGCUGAAGACAGUGACUCAGAAAAAGUCCCUGAACGCACCACAGCCAAACCGCUUCCUUAUUUGAGCAAGAAGGAGUUUGUGUCACCUGUCGCUACAGCAGCUGCAGUUCAUGAUGUCCCCUGCAAUGAGACAGUGGGCUGUCCAGACGAUCAAACAUGCUGUAAAAACAACAAGCACGGCUGGACAUGCUGCCCUUUACCAGAGGGGGUCUGCUGUGAGGACCAUGUCCACUGCUGCCCUGCUGGAAUGAUCUGCAACCUGACCGCCCAAACCUGUGACAAACCCACAGGUUCCACAGCCUUGAAGAAGAAGAUUCCAGCAUUGACCUUGGGGGGGCGUACUGCGGUGGAGGCUGCAGCUGAAGGUCUGCUGGCAGUGAUGAAGCAGGACAGAAACAGAGACCAUGAAGAGGAGGUGCAAGCAGAGGAGGAGAAGAAGAAGGAGGAUGAUGGCCAGAUUCAGUGUGACUCCUACACCACCUGUCCUCCCGACACCACCUGCUGCUUCAUGGCCUCUGUGCAAAAGUGGGGCUGCUGCAUACUGCCAAACGCGGUGUGCUGUGCAGAUGGACUCCACUGUUGCCCCGCCCACUACAAGUGUGAUCUGAGCACGACAUCGUGCUUCAAAGGAGACGUGGUGAUACCCUGGUACACCAAGGUCGCAGCGACCGCCGCAGCUCCCGCUGAUGUCAGAUCGGUGCCGUGUGAUGCUGACAAACGCUGUCCCGAAGACGCCUCCUGCUGCUGGCUCGCCACGGGCGAGUGGGUCUGCUGCCCUCUGAGCAACGCUGUGUGCUUCCCGGAUAAGGAGCACUGCUGCCCACAGGGUCAUAGUUGCAACACCGCCUCUGGUUCAUGUCAGAAACUCACCCAGCAGCUGCAGACGAGCCCACUGACGCCAGUGUUCCAGCCAAAACCUCGUCCACAGCUGCACCGCUUAAAGCACACAGAUAUCAUAUGUGAUGACCAAACCAAGUGUAAAGAUGAUGAGACCUGCUGCAAGAUAUCUGCCACCACAUGGGGCUGCUGUCCUCUACCACAUGCGGUGUGCUGCAGCGACAUGAAAUACUGCUGUCCUGCCGGCUACACCUGCACUGGUGAAGGAGGAUGUGUUCAAAAGCGCCCCUUCCCCUUUAUCAUGCCAUAAUUUGUUUCUAUGGAUUUGGAUUCAUGUGCAUGUUUUUUUAAUGAUAUUUUGAUUUAAAAUCAUUUGUGCUAAUCACUGGUUUGUUUCUGUGCAUUUGGAUUCAUGUGCAUGUUUUUUUUAAUGAUAUUUUGAUUUAAAAUCAUUUGUGCUAAUCACUGGUUUGUUUCUGUGCAUUUGGAUUCAUGUGCAUGUUUUUUUAAUGAUAUUUUGAUUUAAAAUCAUUUGUGCUAACCACUGGUUUGUUUCUGUGCAUUUGGAUUCAUGUGCAUGUUUUUUUUAAUGAUAUUUUGAUUUAAAAUCAUUUGUGCUAAUCACUGGUUUGUUUCUGUGCAUUUGGAUUCAUGUGCAUGUUUUUUCAUGAAAUUUUGGUUUACAAUAAUUUGUACUAAUCACUGGUUUGUUUCUAUGCAUUUGGAUUCAUGUGCAUGUUUUUUAUGAGAUGAUUUUGUUUAAAAUGAUUGAUAUUAAUCAUUGACUCGCCUUUAAAGUAUUUCAUUGUUUCUGUUGUGCUGAA